AUGACUUCUGGGAAGACCAUUACCAAUGACUCGCCGCCUAUCCAGCCUAUUUCGCUGGCACAAGUCGACGAGUAUACCAAGAGCAAGGAGAAAAUAACUCGCAAAUCUCCCAUGCGACUGCGAAUGGAGGCUCUGAUAAAAGAACACCAGAAUCGGAUCGUCUUCGCCCUAGAAAACAUAGACGGAAAGAAGUUCAGACGGGACGAAUGGACGAGGCCAGCAGGAGGCAGCGGAAUUUCCUGUGUUCUGCAGGAUGGCAAUGUCUUUGAAAAGGCUGGAGUGAACAUCAGUGUCGUCUAUGGCGAGCUGUCCCGUCCUGCCAUCGAGAAGAUGAGGGCAGACCACAAGUCCUUUGUAGCGUCUGAUGUCGAAAAACUGAAUUUCUUUGCAGCCGGCAUUUCCUUGGUGCUGCACCCUCACAAUCCUAUGGCUCCAACAGUCCACAUGAACUAUCGCUAUUUCGAGACGUCUGAUCCCAGAGACCCGGUCAAUGCAACCGGAACAUCGCAACAAAAUUGGUGGUUCGGGGGAGGCACGGACUUGACACCAUGCUAUCUAUUUGAAGAAGAUGCACAACACUUCCACAAGACCAUCAAAUCCGCCUGUGACAAGCAUGACAAGGACUACUAUCCUAGGUUCAAGAAGUGGUGCGACAGCUACUUCAGGAUACCGCACAGAAAUGAAUCAAGAGGAAUUGGCGGCAUCUUUUUCGACGACCUCGAGGCAUCUUCGCGGCCCAGCUCUCGCAAUCCCCAGGAGGAGCUCUUCCAAUUCGUCGUCAGUGGCCUCGAGUCAUUCCUGCCCUCAUACCUUCCCAUAAUCAAGAGGAGAAUGAACAUGCCGUACCUGCCGGAACAGAAAGAGUGGCAGCAGGUUCGCAGAGGCAGAUAUGUCGAAUUCAACCUCAUCAACGACCGUGGCACGAGUUUCGGGCUGCGGACUCCAGGCGCUCGAGUUGAGAGCAUCCUAAUGAGUUUGCCGUUGACGGCACGCUGGGAAUACAUGAAUCCUGUGUGUGGCACUGGAGUCUCUCGUGAAUCCGACAACGCAGACGAUGAGCGCUAUGAAGAGGAGAGGAAAAUGAUGGAAGUCCUCAAGUACCCCAAGGAAUGGCUGUGA